UAUAGUUCAAAGUAAUGUCAGCAUUUUUUUUUAAUUUUUCGGUUUUUUCCGUCAGUAUUUUAAAAAUCGUUUAAAAAUUAAUUGUUACAUAAACAAAUGAUAAAUAAACUUUUUUGGAACCAUCUAUUUUCUUCCUAAAUCUGUGGCACUAUCCGCGUAAAUGCUAAAAAAAAAUUGGAUCUAACAUCAUUUUUGACGAAGUUAUGAUUGAAGAAAACGCUGCCCAAUUUUUUCGAUUGUUGAUGAUAAAUGAAAAUUCGCACUAAUUCAAAGAUCCUCUGGCACAAAAUUCUAACUCCCCAUCGACAAUCGACAUGCCAAAUUAAAAAAAUUUCUGAGAGGCGACUGAUGCGAUUCACGUGGAAUGGUCCUAAUCUGCUUUUUUGCCACAUAGGUUAUGAAGUGUCGGUUGUUUUUCACAUUUGAUAAUCUCAGCUAUGGCUUCUACAAUAUUGAGUUUAGCAGAAAAGACUUUUAUUUUACAUGGAGUCGACGACAACUUUCGAACGGAUGGCAGAAGCCGAUCUGAUUAUCGUCCGAUGGAAGUCGAGACAAAGGUAAUACCACAUACCAGUGGCUCGGCUCGUUUGAGAUUAGCUAAUACAGAUAUAUUGGUUGGGGUCAAAGUAGAGGUUGAUACACCAUACUCCUAUAACCCUGAUCAGGGUAAAUUGGAAUUCUUCGUCGACUGUUCUGCUAAUGCUACACCGGUAUUCGAAGGAAAGGGUGGCGAUGAAUUAGGUACAGAAAUAAGCAACACCCUGACACUAGCUUAUCAGUCUCCCCAUGUGCUUGAUUUGACAACAUUGUGCAUCUUACCUGAGCAAAAAUGCUGGAAGAUAUACGUAGACAUUUUGAUUCUUCAAUGCGAUGGUAAUUUAUUUGACGCCAUAUCAAUAGCAGUAAAAGCUGCAUUGUAUAGUACGCAAAUUCCCAAGGUUACUACAGCGACAUUAGAUGGUGGAAAAGCAGAUAUCCAACUAUCAGAUGAUCCUUUUGAUUGUGUUAAAUUAGAUGUCAGUAGUUUUCCAGUGCUUGUCACUUUGUGCAAAAUAGGGGAAAAUUGUGUUGUUGACCCAACUCCUGAGGAAGAACAGUGCAGUGCUGCAAGUAUAGUUGCUGCGGUGAUGCCUAAUGGUCGUGUUACUUCUGUAGUAAAGACAGGAUAUGGUAGUUUACAACCAUCAACCUUAGUGAAGACAUUACAGCUUGCACAAGAUAUCGGUAUUAAGUUGAAUACAGGCAUUAUGAAUGCAUUAAAGGAAGAAGAUGCUUUGGGGCCUCAGAGAUCGAUUUUCGGAUUUCUUAAAUAAAAUUUUAAUUAUGGUAUCAUCAUACUGUAUACAUCGAGGUUGGGUAAAACAAUUGCAGUAUAAAUAGUCCAAUUACAAUAAAACAAACAUGAUCCAGAUUAACAAUGAGUAAAAAUAUACAUACAAGUAUUCUUAAUUUUACACCAUUUUACUUCACUUUUCAUGUAGUAACCAUUCGUGCAAGAUUUUGCAUUAAGCCAUUUUUUCCAAUAAAGAGAGAAGAAUUUCGAAGCGUUCUUUUACCUAAA